CCUCUACUGACGGGGCUCAUUGGAGAUGCUAGUCCGAACGAAUUGCCUAAUCCAAAGAUUUCGAGCAGAGUACUGAAACGGUGCCCUUUUUCUGAUAUAGAAACACAUCCUGAUCAGCGAGUUGUGACGAACUGUUUAACAAACUUAUUACAGAUGGAUAAAGUAUAACAAAAUGACCAAGUAGCUGAAACUGUGCGGUAUUUAUUUUUUCUCCACGGGAACGUUAUGUGGAGAAGGCUCAUUGCCAUUGCUUGGAGGACAACGCCUGGAUAAGGAAGAGAGGGCAACAUUUGACGUUACUUCGGAACGAACUUUGAGAACGGAUACUUUACAGACAUGGUUAAUGCAGUUUGUUCUCGUCUCGUUAAAAGCGCCUUUAUGUGGCUAAUGCUUCACGCGCUCAUCGACUGCAGUGGAGGCUAUAUAACCCAGCAGACCUCUCAGUUCUCUUCAUAUGAAGUGACUGUACCAAGACGCAUCAGCAGACAUAGAAGAAACCAGGACAGUGCAGAUAAGGUGUCAUACAUAAUCAAAGCUCAAGGAAAAGAACAUGUCGUCAUUCUGGAGAGAAAUGAAUUGCUUCUUCCAGAGGAUUUCACUGUGUACUCUUAUGCCAAAGAUGGCUCGCUGGUCACUGAGAGACCAAACAUGAAGGGUCAUUGUCAUUACAGUGGUUACAUAGAAGAUGUGGAGGGCUCUUCUGCAGCACUCAGCCUGUGCUCUGGGUUAAGGGGUGUUAUCUACACGGAGGGCACCAGUUUCGGUAUUGAACCGUUGGAAGAUUCCUCCAGUGAUGAGCACUUGGUGUAUCGUUUGGAGGAUGUAGAGACAGAACCUCUCACCUGUGGAACACCUCACUUUCAAAACCAUGAUGAUGAAACGUCACCAAGGCAACCUACAGACAGCCAUGUCCAUAACAUCACCUUUGGUCAAAGCAGCCAUCUGAUCAGGAAUAAGAGGGCAGUGCUGCACCAGACACACUAUGUGGAACUGCUUGUUGUGGUGGAUAAUGAAAGAUAUAACUACAAAAACAGAAAUCAUACAGCAGUACGUGAGGAGGUGGUUCAGAUUGCUAACUAUGUUGAUAGUAUGUACAUGCCUCUGAAUAUUCGCAUUGUGUUGGUGGGGCUGGAGAUCUGGUCUGUGCAGAACUUCAUCAAUACUGAUGGCAGUGCUGGAGAGGUGUUGGGCCGCUUUACUCAAUGGAGAGAGAAAGAGCUAGUUCACCGUCGUCGUCAUGACAGUGCACAGCUCAUCCUAAAAAAAGGAUUUGGUGGAACAGCAGGCAUGGCUUUCGUUGGCACAGCUUGUUCCAGAAGUCAUGGUGGUGGAAUUAAUGCGUUCACCAAUAAUAAUGUGAUGUCAUUUUCCUCCAUCGUGGCUCAUGAGCUGGGUCACAAUCUUGGGAUGAACCAUGAUGAUGGCCGAAACUGUAAAUGCGAUGUCACGCACUGCAUUAUGAACUCAGGGGCAACUGGUUCUCAUAACUUCAGUAGCUGUAGUGCUGAUGACUUUGAGAAGAUGAUCUUGAACUCAGGUGGCCGCUGUCUGCUGAACAUACCGCGGCCGGACGAGGCAUACAGCGCCCCCUUCUGUGGGAACAAGCUGGUGGAUGUGGGCGAAGAGUGUGACUGUGGAUCGGAGGAAGAGUGUGAGAAGGAUCCGUGCUGUGAGCCCAAAACGUGUAAGCUGAGGUCAGGAGCUCAGUGUGCGUACGGGGUCUGCUGCAAGAACUGCAGGUUUUUACCCGGUGGCACUGUGUGCAGAAGCAGCACUGAUGAAUGUGAUUUGCCAGAGUAUUGUAACGGCACAUCUGCCCUCUGUCAGAAUGACGUCUUCAAACAGAAUGGCCAUCCCUGCAAACAAGACCAGGCUUACUGCUACAACGGCCAGUGCCAGCACUAUGACACUCAGUGUCAGGCCAUAUUUGGCACAAAGGCUAAAGCUGCUCCUGAGCUGUGUUUUAAGGAUGUAAACUCUAAAGGUGAUCGCUUUGGAAACUGUGGCUACCAUUCCAGUGGAUUUAAGAAGUGUGAAAGCAGGAAUGCCAUGUGCGGGAAGCUACAGUGUGAGAAUGUUCAAUCAUCAGUCAUAUUUGGCAUCAAGCCAUCUAUCAUCCAGACCCCCAUUGCCGGCACUACCUGCUGGGGCGUGGACUUCCUCCUGGGCUCUGACGUACCUGAUCCCGGCAUGGUCAACGAGGGCACCAAGUGUGGAGAUAAUAAGGUUUGUCUGAAUUUUGAGUGCAAAAGUGCAGACGUGCUGAAUUAUGACUGUGACGUUGAAAAGAAAUGCCACGGCCAUGGGGUGUGUAACAGCAAUAAAAACUGCCACUGUGAAUACGGCUGGGCUCCUCCAUUCUGUGAGGCCUCUGGUUAUGGAGGAAGCAUCGAAAGCGGCCCCACCUGGGACGAUAAAGAUACUUCCACAAGGGAUGGUCUUCUUGUGUUCUUUUUCCUUGUUCUUCCUCUUUUGGCAUUGGGUUUAUACGUGUUCUUCAAGAGGAAUGAGCUGAAGCAACGCUUUUUCAGAAAGAAACGCUCUCAGGGUUAUGAAGCUGACAGCAGACCGCAGGCUACUGUGUCUCAGCGGGGAAACCCCAACAGUAUAGUAAAGGGUGGGCACCAGGCUCAGUUAUUGCCACCAGAGGAGGUGGUUCAGACUAAUAAAUCAGCCUCUGUGCCAUCUUACACCACCAGACCGCCGCCACCACCAUUUGCACGACCACCUGCUCCUACCCAACAACUAAUGCCUCAAAGACCAGCGCCUGCACCCCCAGUAUAACACAUAACACACAGACUGACAGUUGUAUUUCUGUCUGGGAUGGACAGGCCAAGUGUGAAAUGUGCAGUGGGAGGAGUCGAGGAGGAAUCAGGUGGUCGCACCCUCUCCCCCACUUAUUCUCCCCUGUCCUUCUGUAAACAGCUGUCAACUGUCAAUCAAACAGAGAGACGGUCACUGUUGCGAAAGGAACCUCCAUUCGCAAUACAUCAGAGUACACGAUAGGAGCGAGAGAACUCUUUAACCAAUUAAACGAUUCCCGCCUGACACGUGAUAUAAGAUGCCUAUGGCAACAGACCGAUCUCCUUAAAUGUUAUGAUUCUUAUAUGCUAUAUAGGACCACUGAGACUUUUUGCACUUCAGUAAUGUUCACUGUUUAUAGGAAUGUACAGAGACCCUUUGAUCAUAGGCUGCCACCCCCCCCCCCCCCUUUUUUUUUUUUUACACAAUGUAAUCUGUACACCCACAGUCAAUCAUUGUUCCAAAAAAAAUGUUAUAUGUAAAGGACAAAUGCGAUAAUUUAGUUUGCUAGGCAUCCCUAUUGUUUUACAAGGUUAUCAAGUCAUUAUUAGUAUCUAAAUGGCCCGUGGUAACUGCAAAUCAUUCUCUUUGCACUGUGGCGCAUAAUAUUCGUAAUAUAAAUAAUUUACAUCUUGCAAUACUGGAGUGCAAGACAAGAAACAAAAUACAUUAAGUAAUUUUGUUCUUUUUAUUAUCAUUUGAAAUUGUUGCUACCAACACAGUGAUUUGAAACUACUAUUUUACCAUUUUUAUAUAGUUUUAUUUCCAUAUUUUUAUUUAUAUGUAACUUUUAUAGAAAAUCAAUUUUUUACUUUAUUUGCCAAGUGAAAUUCUGUCCCCAGUGAGGCAAAAAUCAGGUAAAGAUUAAUACUUGUUUUUGAAAAUGAUUAAUUUCUGACACUUCAUGGUUUUUUUUUAUUUUUACAAAAACAAACAAACAACAAUAACAAUGAAAACAAAGUGGAAGCUUUUCUCCCAUCGUUUUUAAGGGCUACAUGCAUGAUAUCACAUCCUAUGCGAUAAAUACAGAAUUUCUUCCUUUAUGAAACUGAUUGUCUGCAUGUUUCAUAGACUUCUUUCUUUGCAAUGACCGUAAUACCACAUGGGGUAUAGUAUUUGUAUAAAGUCAUGUACCCGCAAACAAACAAAAACAAACAUGUCUGUUGUAGGCCACAUUAGACUGUAUCCUCACACUAGGACAUUUACAUCAUAGUAAAAUCAGUAAGUGCCAUACAGUACAUGUCUGAUAAGUGUUAUUUUACAUUUGUAUGAUUAACUGAAUGAAUGAUAGACACAGCAACCCACCCCCCACACACUGUAUUUCCAUUUAUGUGUACAUGAUAACAUGACAGGUGAAGCAGUUGUGGAUUGUUGAUGUUUUAUGGAUAAAAGAUGGACUUAGUUUAUUUUGGACUACCUACAGUGUGAUGCUGAUGAUGGUUUUUGCAUAUGAAAAUAAAAAAAAACACUGGUAUGUUUUUAA